AUGGCACCAAUUUACGGCAGAAACGCAUUUGGAGCUAUAAUCAUGUUUGAUAUUGCAUCAAAAAGCUCAUUCAAUUCAAUAUUAGAGUGGAAAUCUAAAUUAACAGAUGAAAUACCAAUAGUUGUCGUUGGAAAUAAAUGCGACCUUGAAGAUAGGAGAGAAGUCAGCUAUGAGGAAGCACAUAAUUUUUGUGAGAACAAUGGAUUUGAAUACUGGGAAUGUAGUGCAGCUACUGGAAAGAACGUCCCUGAUUCAUUCAAUUCUUUACUAUUAAGUUGUUUUAAUUUUAGACUACAGAUAGAGAAAAACCAGCCUCCAAAUGCAAUAUUGACCGAAGAAAAGCAAGGUCGUGCUUGUUGUUAG